CAAUGGGGAACUGUUUUGGCCAAGUGGGUUUCCCAUCGACAGCUUUCCGCAGCUGCGGGAGCAGGUCUCAGUGCGGAUAUCAUUCUAGUUUGCUUGGCCGAAGGGGUCUCGGUGAGUAUGCGACGUCAUGCAAGUCUUGAUAAAUACCUCUCCGUUUCCCCCGAGCUUUCCUUUGGCGCUGACGUUGGACAACGAGCCUUUGUUCUCCCCGGUCGUUCCGCAUCCGCCUCUUGCCCUGCCCUUUUAAGCCUCUUCUUCGAGUCUUUCAUCCCCGAAUAUCUCUCUUGAUUCUUCCAGUACGAUAGAUCCGAGAGUCGACGCCACCCAAAAUGAGAGUUAAGACUAGCACCGCCCUCACCGGCAUUCUCGCCGCCACCGCCGCCACGGCGCAAAACGCAACGAGCACCUGCGCGACCGGCGUGUACAUCAUCGUGGCCCGCGGCAGCAACGAAGCUCCCGGAUCCGGCAGAAUCGGCAGCGUCGCCAAUGGCACUUUCGCAGCCAUUCCCGGGUCCCAGAUCGCGCCGCUCGACUACCCGGCGACGUUUGACAACUACUCGACCUCCGUCGCAGCCGGCGCCGUGGCUCUGAACGCCGCGUUGACCUCGUACAACGCGCGAUGCCCGAACUCCAAGGUUGCGCUGUUGGGAUACUCUCAGGGUGCGCAAGUGACAGGUGAUACUCUGUGCGGCAGCGUUGACGAGGACGAGGGCGAGGCUCUCAACAUUGAGUUCAAUCAGACGGCGCCCGUUCCCGCAUCCGUCGUCGACCAAAGUGUCAUCGCCGUGAUUCUUUUCGGAGACCCAACCCACAACGUCAGCGCAAGCUGGAACAAGGGCACGAGCAAGCGCAACGGACUCUUCCCCCGUGAAAACGUGACCAAGUGCGAGGCAUACGCGUCCAAGAUCGAGUCGUACUGCGACACGGGAGAUAUCUACUGCGAUCUCGGCAACAACACCGCCGUUCACGGUUCAUACUUUGCCAACUACACCGACGAUGCAGUUGAGUUUAUCUGGGCACAGUACAACGCCUCCAAGUCAUCCAACGGUUCGUCGCCGACUGCCACCCCCACUACGGUCCCGGGAUCCGGAGCUGCCGAUUCUGCGCCGGGCCUGCUGAUGUCCCUGGCUGGUUUGUCUAUGCUGGCGGCCUUUAUCUUGUAAGAGGAGAAGCUUGUAUUUUGCAGAAGCAUGCUGGACGGAAUUCCAUUGGCCAUGGUAGCAAUCCACCGGCUUUGUAAUUAUUCAAUAAUGACUGCUAUGAUCUGAAGGCCCCU